AUGGAUUGGUGUGAGAACAAUUACGACAUCAGCUACUAUGUCGCCGAGUUCUUCAACUCGCUUUCGUCGAUCGCCAUGAUCCUAGUCGGAAUUGUCGGCGUCUACCUUCAUGCGUCCUUCGAGAAGCGGUUCCUCCUGACCUUUGGAUCGAUCGCCAUUGUCGGUCUAGGCUCAAUUGCCUUCCACGGGACAUUACUCUUCCCCCUACAGAUGUUGGAUGAGGUGCCCAUGGUCUACUCCAUCCUGGCAUUGGCCUAUUGCUGCAUCGAGAACCGGUCCUAUCGCCGGUACGGAGUCUGGUUUCCUGUCAGCAUUGCCCUCUAUGGCCUCUUGACGACAGUGGUCCUUGUCGGUGCUGGCCCACACGACCUGAUGCUUGCGUUCGUUGUCUUCCAGUCGUCGUUUGCGUUCAUGGUCCUUGUCGUGAUGUCGCAUAUUGUCAAGAUCUACGCCGAUAUCCAGGAUGUGAAAAUUCGCCACAUGUGGAAAACGACGGGAACGAUUGCGCUGACGGCGUAUGUGUUCUGGAACAUUGACUACCGGUUGUGCGAUGCGAUGCAAAACCUGCCCUUUGGACUGGGCAACCCUCAACUGCAUGCGUUCUGGCACUUGGGCGCGUCGGUGGGAUCGUAUUUGGUGACGCUGUUGGUGUGCUAUAACCGCGCCGAGAACCUUGGACAGAGCCCGAUGAUGGAGUGGAAGUGGGGUCUGGUGCCGCAUGUUGUCGUCAAUGUCAAGCACAGCAAGUCGUCCUAG